UGUGCGCUGUCUCAUCUUUUAGACAUACUCUCUAAUCUGUGCUUUGGACUCGCGUCUCGCGUGUUGUUUUGGUGUUAUUUGUCGGUCUUUUUUGUAAACUAUACGAAAUUAAUAACAUUUUUAAAUUAAGUUUAUUGAGAAAAAAAUCUUUUACUGUGUAUAAGAAGCUACCAUUAUUAUAAAUUACUAAGAAUACACAUGCUCAACUAUUAUUCAAUAGAUUGGCUGGUAAUUCUAUCUCGAAAUACAUAAUUACAUCAUUAUUUUCUAAACUGACUGAAGAAUGGCAGAUUACGAUGAAAAUACAGUUAUCGAUAAGAAAAUUAAACCUAUUUUGCACACCAUCCUUUCAAAUUGUAAGGUAGAAGCAGAAAAUAAAUGUUUGCAAGUGCCGCUAAAUGAAUUUGAAGAAAGAGUUGCUUUUUACACUGGACUCCCGAAGGCAAUGUUGAAUCAAGUCUUUUUCAGCAACGCCACCAAAAACAAUGAACAAUCAAUAAGGCAUCGUAUCGUUAUUCUAAAGGCAUUACUAAAAUUUUAUAAAAAUGAACAUAGACCGAAUUUCAAAGAUCUCUAUAACUAUCUAUGUAUGUCUAAGCUCAAAAUAACCACAUUCAAAAAUAUUGAUGACUUUCGAUAUGCUUUGAUUUCAAUGGGUUUUGAUUACAGAAAAACUAAUAAAGGAUCAAUGAUAGUUGAAGAUGCAGAAAUAACAUUUGAAAGAUAUAAUUAUAUAAAAAACUAUAAAAAGUUGAGGAACGCAAAAAUUCGUAUGGCCUACGUAGAAGAGAGAUACAUUACAAAACAUUUUACAUUUAACAAACCUGAUUUUGAUAAUGAUUGUCCUUACAUAGUGGAUAAUGAAAAGUGCUUAGCGGAGGGAUUUUAUUUUUACCAUGUUCUUUCAGAUGCAGGAUUAGAAAAUUAUAUCAUUACUAAUAAAAUUUGUGUGGCAACUUACCAAAAAUUUGUUGUUGAUGUUUUGUUUAGACAUUUAAAAAAAGGAUGUGCUGUUGUUAUUGAUAAUCAUCCAAUACAUGGCAAAUUGAUAGAUCAAACAAUUACAAGAUAUCACACAAAAGCUGACAUGUUGAACUGGCUACGAAUGGCUAAUAUUCCGUACAGCGAUAGUAUGUGCAAAGCUGAGUUGUAUGAACUUAUAUCCAGAUGCAAGAAACCAAGUUCAGGAUAUGAACUUGAUAGAUUGUUAAAUGCCCACGGACAUGAAGUUUUGCGCUUGCCUUCAGGGUGUGAUGAGUUGUCACCUUCUGUAUUAUUGUGGAAUCAAGUGAAAGAGGACAUGAAAGGUAUGAAAAUAGACGAUACACAGUUAGAAAAUGCUAUCAUUUCAGCAGUUACUAAAGCACACAAACAUUCAUGGAAACCAUUAAAUAAAAUUACAUAUGAGACAGAAAAUACACUGCUAUCAUUAUAUGCAAGUACAGAGGAAGCGCUAGAUAAAUUUGUUCAGUUUGAUGUAUAAAAUGUUGGAUCAAGUGUUUCAGAACAAUUGCAUCAUGAGUAACUGAAAAUGUCAUGCAUUUAUGUUGUUUUGAUAAUUUCACAUUAUGAUUUUUGCUUUAUUAAUCUAAGGAUUUUUAUAAUAUUACUUAAACUUAAGUAGGAAUAAGUGAUCCUUUUUCUAUUAUGUAAUUUGAAAAAUAAAACAUUUUAUG